AUGCUGGCCAAGUCAGGUUUCUUUGCAGCAUUCAGCCUCAUUUUUUUUAGUGAGCUUGGGGACAAGACAUUCUUCAUUGCCGCGCUGCUGGCGAUGCGGUGCGGCAAGUGGGUCAGCUUUGUCGGCUCCACAGGGGCGCUGGCGGCCAUGACAGUGAUUUCCGUGGGUAUCGGGUUUGCCGUCAAGCGCGUGCCCACGGUUUUGGAGAGCAGCGAGGUGCUGGGACAGUGGGUGGGCGCUGCGCUGCUGGUCUACUUUGGGCUGCGCACGCUGAAGGACGCUUGGGAGAAGACCGAGGAGGCGGCAGAUGAUGAGCUGGCAGAUGCCGAGGAGGAAGUCAAGUCUGCGGAGAAGGGUGGCAAGAUUCACGGACGGCAGGCACCCAUGAAGGCGCUGCUGGAGGUGGCCUCGCUGAUAUUUGUUGCAGAGUGGGGAGACCGCUCCAUGCUGGCCACCAUUGCGCUGGGCGCGGUGCAGAGCCCCCUGGGCGUCGCAGGCGGUGCAAUUGUUGGGCACGCGGUGGCCACUCUCAUCGCUGUGAUCGGCGGUGCUGUGCUGAGCAAGCACAUCAGCGAGAGGACAGUGGCCUUCCUGUCGGGGGUGCUGUUCCUCGUCUUUGCCGGUGCAUCCAUCAUGGGGGUUGCAUGA